GAUGAGUUAUUGGGCAAGUUGUUCUGGAGCUGGUCCAUUCCAAAGUACUUGUAUCUGUAAAUGCUUCCUUGACCAGUCGUACACAAGUGGAUGCUGCAUUGUGGAUGAAUGAAUAGUCUACAUUAAAGUUUCGAAAAAUCCUCCAAUCCCAACCAUCAUGGACAAAGACAUACCAUCAAACGGUGCAUCAUUUUCGGAAUUCUCCAAAGAGGAACCCAAGCGUUCUCACUGGACUGGAAAGUUAGAUUUUCUCUUAGCAUGUAUAGGAUAUGCCGUAGGACUUGGAAAUGUCUGGCGCUUUCCUUAUCUGUGUUACAAAAACGGUGGAGGAGCGUUCCUGAUUCCUUACUUUAUAAUGUUGGUCUGUGGAGCUCUCCCAAUUAUGUUACUGGAGAUUGGUCUUGGACAGUACAUGUCCCGUGGAGGACUAAAGUCAUGGGUCAUCUGUCCAUUGUUUCAAGGAAUAGGAAUAGCCACCCUUCUUAUCAACUUUCUGUGCAACACAUAUUACAUCGUGAUCAUGGCCUGGGGAUUGUACUACCUUUAUAUGAGUAUGAGCUCCGUUCUACCGUGGAGUAACUGUAAGAAUGAAUGGAACACCAACAGAUGUGCCUCAACAGACCAAGAACUACUCACUAGGCUUUGCUUUGGUCAAUUCAACAUGUCUAUUAACUCGGAACAAUUAGAAGAAAGUUUGAUUUACAGGAACGCGUCUGUUUACAACAUUCAUCAAAACUUAUCUAUUGCAAACUGCUCCUUAGAAAAUGUACACCCAGUGGAUCCUGUAGUCGAGUUCUGGGAAAAACACGUGAUCCAGAUUUCCGGAUCUAUAGAAGAUGGAGGUGGCCUUGUUCCUCACUUAACAGUCUGCCUGUUACUGAUGUGGAUAAUUGUUUAUUUCUGUGUUUGGAGAGGUGUAAAAUGGAGUGGAAAGGUUGUUUACUUCACAGCCACUUUUCCUUACGUAAUUCUGAUAAUAUUACUGAUACGUGGAUUCACCCUUCCAGGAGCUAGGAAAGGAAUCGAGUAUUUUCUGAAACCGGACUUUACUCGCCUGAAGGAUGCACAGGUUUGGGUGGAUGGAGGGACACAGGUUUUCUUUUCUGCUGCGAUUGCCCUUGGAGCCAUGAUAAGUCUCGGAAGUUAUAACACUUUCAAUACCGAUUUCUAUAAGCGCACUCUUAUUGUGGCAUCUGUCAACUGUGGAACUAGUUUUCUUAGUGGAUUUGUUGUCUUUUCUGUCCUUGGGUUUAUGUCCCAUCAGCAGAAUGUCGAUAUAAGCCAAGUCGCUGAAUCAGGUCCAGGUUUAGUAUUUAUGGUAUAUCCUAGGGCGGUUUCCGAGAUGCCUCUUCCCCAUCUUUGGUCAAUACUGUUCUUUUUCAUGUUAUUUUUAAUCGGGAUCGAUAGUCAGUUCGUAACGGUAGAAUCAGCUUUGGCCCACGUGAGUGACAUGUUCCCUCGUGUCCUUUAUAAAACAAAGGGUAGAAUAAUACUGACGAGUGUGGCUUGUGUCAUUUGGUUUGCAAUCGGUCUCUCAAUGGUGUCACGGGGAGGAAUGUACGUGUUUCAAUUGUAUGAUUACUAUUCUGCUUCCGGUAUGGUGCUGCUAUGGGUUGCCUUCUGGGAAUCUAUAGUCAUUGGAUGGAUAUUCGGUUCAGAAAAAUUCUAUGAUGCCAUAGAGUUGAUGAUUGGUUAUAGAAUAACGAAAUGGUUCCACUUCUGUUGGAAAUACUUUACUCCUAUUGUAACAGCUGGCAUUUUUGCGUUUCAAGUAAUAGGAUUUAAAGCACUAAAAUACAACAAUGUUUAUGAGUAUCCACCCUGGGCAGAGGCCUUAGGACUGAUGCUGGCCCUAGUGUCCAUGUGCUGUAUUCCAUUCUAUGCAAUCUUUAAGCUGUUGUCCUUAAAAGGAUCAAUAAAAGAGCGCUUGAGAAUAGCAACUAGACCACAUUUAACCACAAAACAGUUAUAUAAGGAUUGGGUGCUAGAGGAAGACAAGCUGCUAGUGUUAUAAGACAUCUACAUGUAUUUAGUUUAGCUAGGUCUCUACUAUUCAAGGAAUAAUCGUAAAAUAAUUUGAUUUUAUUUCUUUAUAUUUUGUUUAAAAAUGUGUAGAUUUCAAGUUUCAAUAAUAACGUGCAUGUGUACUCUGCGAGGUUGAAGAAAGAAUGUAAAAAUUGUUUGAGACAGCAAAAUGUUUAUUAAUGACUAGGCUCAACUUUAUCUCAUAGGAAAUAGUUUAUGGCGUUUUGGAGAUUACAGAAAUAGUAAUUGAUAGGUUAAACAAACUUAUGUAUGUAGUAUGGCAUGUUUGAAAAUAAUUUUUAAAGGUAUCUUUUUCAUAAUCAUAGCAAUUGUUGAAUCAAGACUAAAUUUCUUUUACAAUCUGUAUCUUACUUUUAUUCCUUUUGAUAGAAAAAUGGAUCUGUUAUUUGAUUCGUAUUAUGUUUGAUAUUUUCUAACCCAGCAAUAAUUAAAAACAAUAGGUGCAAGUACUACAACGCUCACCUGAGUAACUUUGGACGAGGUGUUUUUGAAUCAUAUUUUGACCUCAACCUAGCAAGGGGUUAUGAUUUAAUCAAACUUGAAUCUACACAAGAUUAGAAUGCUUUAAUAUCAAUAUGACUAAUAUGGUUUUCCUGUUCUGAAGAAUUUUUGAAGAUAUAUUUUUUUGUAUUCAUCCAUUUUGUAAAAUUUUAUCCCCGAUAAUAGGGGCUAGUAUUCGAACAAUUAAACUGAAUACACAUUA